AUGACCGACCAGCGACCACGAGCUCCUGAUGGCCUCAGCAACCCAACGUUAAUCGAGAACUGGCCACCCGAGCCCGUGACCCAAGCGCACUUCGAUGAAUGGUUGACGAAGACGAGAGAAGCUUUGCUGGCAUGGCUUACACAUUCCACACUAGCCGCUCAAGACGCGACGACGAGAGAGGCUAUUAACAAACACAACAAGGCAUCAAAGCAAAAGUGGGAAGACCUGAUAGCACCCAUCGCGUUCGAUGAGCGCGGAGACGCGAUCGCCAAAGAGAAUAGAGAGUUAUUAGUCAAGAAACGCAAACCUGCAAAAGCCGCCAGCACUAAGGUCCAUGGACCGCACCAAACGUGGAGAAAAUUCAUCGAACAUAGGUAUGCGCAGGCCUCAUGGGAAGACUAUCUCUAUUAUCAGAAUGUCUGGAAUAGAAGAUUUCUCAACCCGGACAAAGAUUACGCGGAGACCGACGCGGAGAAACUCGCAAUCAAAGCCAGAAACAAACUCAGGAAAGCAGCGAAGACUGGCAACGAUGACAGCGAAGAUGAGGUCCUACCUCUGAAAGCAGAUGGGCCUGACAAACGCAAGCCCAGCAAUGGAACUCCAGGUCAACUGGUGAUCAAAGCGAUGAGCAAUGAUAGGGAAAGCGCGUUUUACGAACCGUACAUGGCAUGGCGGAACCAUAUGAUUCGUCUUUACAAGAGGUUUAAACUAGCGUAUCGUAAACGUGCGCCUGCUGUUAUUGAACCUGACGUUGCGCAUCGAUACAGUCAGCCACCGCGCGGAACUACACCUCAGAAUCUCCCACGCUUCAAAAGGCGAUACAAACACCUCGAGGAGCGCUUUCCAAGGAGGAGAAGACAGGUAAUCGAUAUGAAUGAAGUAGAAGAAGAGUAUCGCCCGGAAGUUAAGCGGCAGAAGGAUAAAGAGCUUGAGAGGAAGGGUCGUAUGAUGGAUAUUACAUGGGAUAUUAACAAAAGGGCCUAUGAACGCAAGAAGAACAAGACGGAUAAGGACUCUGGAUUCAGCGAUAACCCGCUCACUCUGGCAUUACUACCAGCAGACCACGUCCCACACCACGGAAGCACAGAAACGAGCUUCAACUGGCCUACCUCCUUCGACUCACCCAACUGGGGGUCUAGAAAGUCUGUAACCCUCAUCCAACGAGAUUUCCAAUACGAAAAAGUCGCAGACACCAAUCCCGACUCCAACGACAACAACAACAACGACAACAACGCCGCAGGCCAGCCAAACCGCAAACCCACCCCUUACAAACUCGAUGCAUCCGGAACCCGCGUCAAGAAACUCGACCCAACCCCCCGCUACCAAAAAGAAUACCGCGUGGAGCAAGAAGAAAUCUUCAUCCACGACCGCCUCUCAACAACCGGCGAAGUAGCCGGCCGCGACCGCCACGGGAAAUGGAUCGGCCAUUUCGAAAUGAGCGACGUGCGUAACGAGUAUCCCGCGGAGGACUCAGCCGGUAACCGCAUCUUAUUACCGCCCCGCUACAUGACGCGGAACAAGUUUAAGACCCGGCUUGAAGAUAUGGGUAGUGUUAGGAUGACGAGGGCGCAGAGACAUGUUGAUAGAGGGAUUGUGGAGGAGAUUUCUGGGGAUGAGGAUGAGGGCUGUGUGAACUCGAAUGCCAACUUCUCAAGGUCAGGUAACGUCAACCCGGGUUCGUUGGGGAAUCCUUGGGCUUCCAACCUUGAUAGUGACGGAGAAGGCGAAGGUGUUGGUCAUCCUGGUGAUAGCGAUGAUGACGAUAGUGACGAUGACGGCGACCUGUUCGCGCAGUCGUAUAGAGAGUGCUCGGAGAGUCCUGCGACGAGACGAGCGCGGUUGUUGUUGGAGGAUAUGCGGGAGAGGUUUGGUGUGCUUGAGAGCUGGACUGUCGAGAACGUUAGGGAUUUGCAACGGCAUGGUGAUGAUGGUUCCGUGGUUGUUGGAGAUGAAGAGAUUGUGGAUUGGUAUAAGAGCGACGCGGAGGGGUCGUAG